AUGAAGACGGUUUGGGCAACUGCCACCCCAACAUGUUUGCACUGGUGUCACCUGGGGCUGAGGGAUGGCAGCUGCAGGAACACAGCAGUGUAUAUUGCUAUUGAACUGUGCCUUCUUUCCUUGGCCUUUAACCACUGCCCAUCUCUGUUUCUCUCCUCUGCUGUGACACACAGAGCGGCGAGGGCUUUUGGAGAAUAUCUUUCACAAAACCAUCCCGAAGGCAGAAAUGGCUCAGACCACCUGUUAGCAGACUCCUACAUCGGGCAGGAGGACUCCCCUGAGCUGCAGCAGGCGGCGCAGAACAAGCGCAGGCUCUCGGUCAUCUCGGACGGCAAGUUUGAGAGGAGCUUCGAGGAGCAGGCGGAGAAGAUCCCGAGCGAGGCAGCCAAGCCCCGGGUGUACACGAUCUCCGGAGAGAGGCCGAUGCUGUCGGACCACGAGAACGACAGCAUGGAGCUGGUGGUGAUGAAAGGGGCUGCCCAGGACGAGUGUCACCACGGCCACCACGGGCACGGCGCCGGCGGCUCCCACGGCGUCAGCAGGCACUGCAAGGGCUGGCCAGGCAGCCGCCAGGGCUCCAAGGAGUGCCCAAACUGCACCCGCCUGGCUGCCCCUUCCCAGCAAUCCUUUGACCUGGAGCAGCAUCCGCCCAGCGAGACUGGGUGGCACAGGAAGAGGCUGGAGAGGAUGUACAGUGUCGACAGAGUGUCUGAUGAUGUCCCCAUACGAACCUGGUUCCCAAAGGAGAACCUCUUCAGUUUUCACACCGCUACUACAACUAUGCAAGCCAUCUCGGCGUUCAGGGGCUACGCAGAGAGGAAGAGACGGAAACGGGAGAAUGAUUCCGCAGCUGUUAUCCAGAGGAAUUUUCGGAAGCACCUCCGCAUGGUGGGGAGCCGAAGGGUUAAAGCACAAACCUUUGCCGAACGGCGUGAGAGGAGCUUCAGCAGGUCCUGGAGUGACCCGACUCCCAUCAAAGCUGAUUCCUUCCAUGACUCUCGAGAAAGCCAUGACCUUCAGGAUUCCUGCGGCACUCUGGAGGGUGACUUCGACUUGAACUGGGAAGCAGAAAAGGAACUUGAAGCCAUGGCAUGUGACGGAGAAGACUUUAUUCCACCAAAAAUAAUGCUCAUUUCUUCCAAGGUGCCCAAAGCAGAGUAUGUCCCAACCAUUAUCCGCAGGGACGACCCCUCCAUCAUCCCCAUCCUCUAUGACCAUGAACAUGCCACCUUUGAUGACAUCUUAGAGGAAAUAGAGAAGAAACUUAACAUUUAUCGCAAAGGCUGCAAAAUCUGGAAGAUGCUGAUAUUUUGCCAGGGAGGUCCCGGGCACUUAUACUUGUUAAAGAACAAAGUCGCCACUUUCGCCAAAGUGGAGAAGGAGGAAGAUCUGAUCCUCUUCUGGAAGAGGUUGAGCCGGCUGAUGAGUAAAAUCAAUCCUGAACCAAAUAUCAUCCACAUCAUGGGCUGCUAUGUUCUUGGAAACCCCAAUGGGGAGAAGCUAUUUCAGAAUCUGAAAAACUUAAUGAAUCCUUAUAGGGUUGCCUUUGAGUCUCCACUUGAACUAUCAGCUCAAGGUAAGCAAAUGAUCGAGACUUACUUUGACUUCCGCCUUUACCGCCUCUGGAAGACCCGCCAGCACUCGAAACUAUUGGAUUACGAUGACAUUUUAUGAGCUGGAGACGACUUUGCAAGAGGAAGCUCAUCACCAGUGUCCAAGAAGUCAUGCUUAUUGCAGAGAGACUUUUUUAUUGGCACAGGGAGCCCUUCAGAGCCCCAUGGGAGCAGCAGUGCUAAAGGCAGGGGAGGAGGAGCCCUCGGGAGCGUGUCCAAGGAAAGUCUCCUGGGUCAAGAGAGACUGGAGGGAAAGGGGGUGACCCUGGCUGGCCCCAGUCCGAGCCGUGGGGUCUCAGGAGGAGCUGUGUGCAACGAGGACAGGAUGGAGUUCCUGGCAGAACUGAGCUGUUUUGGGUCAGAAUGGGCCAGAUUUGAUUCCAGGUCCUUUUAAAGACUUUUGAAGCUCAGGUUUUCUUACAAAAAAAAAAAAAUAAACCCAGUUACCCAUGCACUACGAUGGAGAAGUCACCAGAGCACAGAGGGAGGAGGGGGUUGUACUGCUGGGACCUUCUGUGCUGAGGAUCUCGGAGAGCAAGGACUGCUACACCUACUCCUGCAAGCUUAGAGCAAGACAACCCAGUUUCCAUGUGAAUAUGUACUGGGAUAUAGAAUUGAAAUCUUCUUUUUUUGUUUUGUUUUGUUUAAUAGAAAAUAAGUGCAAUUUUUAUAGCAAAGGGUGGGGGUAAAAAUCCCUCCCAAUAUUUAAUUAGUUAAAAAUAACACACCAUAACCAAUAGAUGAGGUAUUUCUGGUCUGCUUGAAAAUAUAUUCAGAUUGGUAAUAUAUCUUCUGUAGACAUAUUUAAUCACCAGCAAACAUGGUUUUAACAUAACUUGGCAGACCCUGCAUGUCUGCUGCAUUGGUUUGGUUCCUUCCUUUCAGAGUAGCUGUGUUGCACUAACUGUACCUGCUCUCACGAAUGUAUAGUUCUCCUCCAAUUAGCCACAAACUUUAUUACUUUCUAUUUUGCUGCUUGCAAAACUAUGGGACUUUAGUUUUGCUGAAAUACUUUAGGUUAGGAAUAUGGGGCCUGGCUGGGGAAACCUCUGUCGGGCCCUCUGUGGUAUAAAAAUGAAUUAGAAAUUAAUAGCCAUGGUAAUUACCUGUUCAUGCCAGUGCUUUGCUGUGUGCUGGGAGAUGAGCUCCCUUCCUGACCUGCCACGAGGAGCAGCUGUUGGGACCCCUCUGAGGGGACUGUGCACUGAGGCAUUUGGGAGAAAUGCUUCUGGAGGAACAGGUUUGGAGCAUGAGUUUGAAUCUUCCCUGUGUUCACUUGAUUGCCAGUUGUUUGUGCAUAAAACACCCCUUUUUCCUUGCUAACAGACCUGUUUCUUGGUCUGAGCUGUUCCCUUCCCUUCCUGAGCAGGACAGAGAAAACCCCAAGCUCUGUCAGACCUGAGAACCCAGGUCUUGAUAUUUGAUGAUACAUUCUGGAAUCUGUUUACUUUUUGUUUGGUCAGGUCGAGGGGUGCUUUUUGUUUUGGGAAGGGCUUUUUUUCACAUUUUACUGUCCUUUCAGAGGAUAAACAGUACUUAGAGUCUGUAGGUCACUGGCAAUUCUGGGAGGUGACACAAAUUACUUCUUUUACAAGCAAAAGAAGUAACAGGGAAGGAUUACCUUGUUUUCCUGAUUUCCUGUUAUCUAAAAUUAGUUGAUUGUGAAGUGAAGGAAAAUAUAUGUAUAAAUCUUCUUUUAACUACUUACAAAAAGAACUACUUGUUCUGAUCUGUAGAGUCCUCCUCCCCCUGUGGUUGUGAUUUUGGGGAGCAGGUCCCUGGCUAGAACUGCUGAACCCUUUACAUUUAUGGCAGUUUUAUAGCAAAACUAUUUUGAAGAAAUAAUGUACAUACACGUAAGGAGAGGAAUAAAUGGAGAGGGAUGGUUUAAAGUUGUUGAAAGCCACAUACUGAACCAAACAGGUGUGGGCUGUUGCCUCCCCCUGGUUGGGAGCUCUUGGGAGCUGCCCUGACCUCAGGAGCUUUGGGAGCCACAUCUCAUCCCUGGACUCAGGUUUGCCAGACCUGCAGUGAAGGGGAGAACAGGCACCAGUCUGUAGCUUUUGGAAGGAAAUGCCAGAUGUAAAAAAAAAAAAGAACCCCAAAUUUAUGCCAAUUACUAUUUAAUGUUGUGGCUCCCACCAGCUCUGAGGUGAGAGGUGGGAGCCAGAGGUGCAAUGGAAGCACAAAGUUAUCUGGAGAAGGAAAUGGCUGUGGGAGGAUUAAAAUGCUGACACAAAACUCUCUCCCUUUCUGACCCUUUCACCUCCUAACUGGAGACAGACAAACUGUUCUUCCUUUCUCUUUCCUGAAGUGAAAUCCCAAUUCAGUGAACUUGGUAGCAUGAAUGUAGCAUUGUGGAACUAUUGAAAAUCUUAUUUAACCCCUAAAGGGCCCGUUUCUGUAUCCACUGGAGUGAUUUCUCUGUAGAACUGUUGUGUAUCCUCACUGAGCACUUGUAGAACUUGGGGUGCAAAGUAGAAGGUAGAUUGUACAGUGACUCCUGUAGGAAGAUGUGUGUUGGAAUGGACACUGUGGACUGUUUUCCUGGUGCAGUUAAUAGGAUAAUGAGAACUGAUGAAUGCAUUUCUCUCCAAAGAUCUAUAUUCCUUAUAGUUUGUGAUGUUUAUGACAAGAGCAUAUUAUUUCCUUUGUAGCCUUCGUUUGCCUAAAGGGAGGAAAUAUUCUCAGAGCUGUGACUGGAACAGAGUUGUGAUGUUUGAUGUCCUGUGUGGAGCAGCAUCGUUGGAAUUAACCAUUGGUGACAGAGGAAAACACAUUUCUUGCCCUUUUUCACCAGUUGAGCUUUUCAAGUGGCUGCUGGGAAAGGAAGGGGUCAGCAGAGGAAAAUAAAAAUUGUCAUUAUUUAAACUGUAGAGGUAAAAAUAGAGCCUGGAACUUCCUCAGUGGGACCAACCUGUAAAGAAUGAUGAGCUAUGGAUGUGCUCGCUGCCAGCGCCCGGCACAGCCCCAGCCAGGACAUCUCUGAGGCCCAGCACUGCUUCCCUGUGUGCUCCUGCAGCAUCUCCCUGGGGAUGCCAGGGCCAGGGCAGUGCCCACAGGCACAGCUCCCCGUGCAUCCCUGCAUUAUCUCCCCUGGGAAUGCCAGGGCAGCACCUGUGGGCACAGCUCCAUGGGCACUGCUGCAGUAUCUCCCCUGGGAUGCCAAGGCCAGGGCACAGCUCCCCGCAGUGCCUGCCUGGGGCAGCUGUGGCUGCCGGGCACACAGGACAAUUUGUCAUCAUUCCACUUCCACCAGCUCCUCCCAGCCCUCAACAGCUCAUCCUGCUCUCGGGGUGUGUCUGAAACCAGUCCUCUCACGUGCCCUCAGUGAUUGCUGUGAGCUGUGGCUUGGUCCUGCCCCUGUGCUCCGUCAGGGCAUCCACCGCCCUGUCCCACUGUUACACUCAAUCCCUCCCCGAGGAACUGCUGCUGCAGCUCCUGUGUGCUCUGGAAUUGCAUUUCCCAGGGGCAGCAGAGCCCUGGUUAGCCCUGGAGGGAGGCAGAUGGACCCGGGAUGGCUGAAUUGGGUGCCAGCCCUGGCUGUUCCCCAGCCAAGGGUGGGGGUUUGUGCUGCCCUUGCUGUGAGGCAGAAUUGGCUGUGACCUCCAGCCCCUUGUGUGGAUAAAUGUGUUAUGGCCUGGGCUGGCAGUGUCACCUCCAGGAGGGGAGAAGGGUGACAGGAGGGGCAUCAGCCUGGCUCACCUGCUGGGGGUGGCCCCACCAUGUCCUCUGGUGCCUGCAGGGAAAUGUUCACUGAGCUGUAAAGGCCUGGGGAGAUCAUUGUCUUCUUGGAUGUGGCACUUGUCCUGUACAGGGGUUUUCAGAGCGUCUUUACCCUUUUCCUCUUGUUUUGCUGGGAAGGAAAGGGGAGAAGAAAAUUCAAGUUACCUGAGGGAUAUAGGAACAGGUAGAAAACUGAGAUAAAGCUUUUUUUACCUCUCCUUGUGCUGCAGCCACCAGCUUCCCUUUGCAGCUGACCUCCAGGCCUGGGGUGGGAAAUAGAUGAACUCCCAAAUAAUCCCAUCCUGUGUUGAAAAAAAAACCAAAAACAAACAGAAAAGUCCUUGUAGCUCCAGCAAAACAUCUGACUGCAAAAGGCCCCCAGGCAGCUCAUCCUGCCCCUGUGAGGACUCUGCUCUGUGCAUCCCUGGGAUCCCACCCCGUCCUGCCUCCGAGUGCCUCUGGAGCCACCUGAGCCAUGUCCCACAGCCUGAGGAGGGGCUCUGCUGAUCCUCUGCACAGGAGACCCCCAGAAGGAAUUUGUUCUUCAUUUCUCAGCCUGCACUUGUUGCCUGGAGCUCAGCACAGGGUUCCUGCUCCAGGGGCUUCUGGAGUGUGUGUGUGUGUGUGUUCCUCCCUCACACACAGGCCCUGUCCCUGGUCAGGGGAGCUGCUCCCCUCCAUUGCCAUGUGCAGUGAGAGGCAGUGACGUGUCCCUGCUGCCCUGGCACCACUCCAGAGCCUGGCACACACCCACCCACAAAGAGCUGCUGCUGUUCCGGGCCGUGGCUGCGCUGGUGACCCGUCCCUGGGAGUUCCUGUUCCCAGGCUCUGCUGGCAGGGACUGCAGGGCUGCCUUGGCACCUUCACACAGCAUGAGUGGGGUCAGCUGAAAGGAUGGAAAGGGCUGGUUCUAAACGCCAGCCUGGCAGGAUCUGGAGAUGGGAAUGUGCCCUUAAUCCCGGCCCCAUCCUUAAUCCCCCUGGAGGUGGAAUGGCAAACUUGGUGUAAGUGUAAACAUCCAGCCCAUCACAACCCAGUUUGAGUCACACCUGUGUAUUAUUUGUGUGUUAGUUCAGGAUAAGAUAUGUUACUGUAUGAGGAAAAAAGAUCCUUCUGGGGGUCUUGGCAGUUGGCACCUGCUGUCAGAACCCUCCAUCAGGGGAUGAGCUGGGCUGUGUCAUCCUUUGGGGGAUCAGGCCCCACUGCCAACACCAGGACAGGGAUCUGCAGCUGCAGGUAAAGCUGAGUCUCUCUGUGCCCCUGGUUUGCUGUGCCAGUCCCUGGAGCUGGUGAUACAGACAGCCCUUCCCGAGGAUGCCAAUACCCUCCUGAGGGAUGUGGAGUGGCAAUGUCAUCUUCCACGUCAUCUGUAAAGAGCUGUUUGUGAUCCUGUGUUUUGUCCCACUGACCACAGCGGAUCUGUGGCUUUCUGCAUCUUCCAUGGAAGUGCUUUUUAAUUCUCAUUGUGGAAACACAAGCCAAAGGCAACUGGAAACUUCUAUGGGCGAGUCAGCCUGCUAAUGGUAUCAUAUAUGGGAGCUGAGUGAGCAAAUGGGUGGUUUAAUGGCCAUGAACCUGACUGGGGUCAUCAUUACUCCCAGGUGAUCCUGCUGUGUAAUUGGCAGAGUUAACAGUAAGAUAACCUCUUACUGAGGCAGUGCAUGAUCUGUGAAAGAGCAGGAACCAGCAGCAGCUUUGGUUCAGAAAUAACUUCAGCCCAACCCACUGCCAGUCAGUGUGAGAAAUGUAAAGACUAGAAGGAAUAAACAUUAUGGACAUUAAAUGUAAAGAAUCCAUCUAAAGAGAAACCACAUUGCUGCUUUCCAUAGAUGUUUGGUAAAUAUUAAAGAACUAAUACAACCUAAA